AUGGCAGAAGGGAGUCAGGUGGUGCAGGUCGUGUGUGCCGUUGCGAAUGGCGACGGGGACUGGGCCGAUGUGCCCCGUUGUGUCCGGGAGGCAAUUGUGUUGGCGCUGGCCGGGCCACAGUCGAAGAUGGCACCGCAUUUCAACGCCGCCGCCUCGUCUUCCUUGGGCGGGGAAGCAGCGAAUCGGCGGCAGUGCAGUCCGUGGCCGGAGCCGCGUCAAGAGGCUCGAGUGGUGGCAUCGUCGCUGUCGGAAGAGAUGAUUCAGCGAGGCGUGCAGACAUUUGAGGACGCGGCGUGGGUGCGGGAUCAGGCGGUGCGGAGCUUUGCGCAGUUUCACAACAGCAUCGAGGCCACACGUGAGGCGGUGCGGCACCACCUCCGCUCCCUGUGGCGCACGGCGAUCCAACUGGACCCGUCGCUGCUCCGGGCCAUUCAGCAGGAGCGGCGCCUCGGCCCGAGGGACGAGAUACCGGAGGACAUCAUCAUUUCCGGCGGCACGCUGCGGCGAAUGCAGCAACUAGAGGCGAUGGUGGAUGAGAUUGAAGGGAGCGUCGAUGCAUUGCGGUGGACGUCGGUGCGGUUUGCGGCAAAUUUCCUCUCGGAUGAAGAGAAGCGGGCGAUGGGGCUCGACCCGGCAAAUCUGCGGCCGGAGGAUGUGCCGUUGGGCUACACGCCGCAGCGAGGCACCUCCCCUGUGCACACCUCAGUACAACGCCCAGUCAACACCGGCGGCAGCGUCCCGCAAGCGCUUUUGGAUCGGCACCAGAAGAUCUGCGAGCAGGAGAACACGCCAGAAACGAUUAGCACACCGUCGGGACACAAGGAUGAUGCCACGCUCAGUGAGAUGCGAAGAAGAUACAUGAAUCGCAUCGCACUGCUUAACGAGGCGUCCAUGCAUCAUGUGGCAGAUGAGGUGAUGGCCCGCCGCCACUCCUCUUCAUCCAAAAACGUCAGCUCACAUCAGCGUGUUGCAUCCUCCAGUAAUCAAAGCAGUUUGAGCUCGAUGAUGUAG